AUGUCCAUAUCCGUGCCUCAACGCUCCCGGACCCAAAGCACACGGUCAUACAGCACCCCAAACCAGACUCACUACGCCAAACCUCCACUCUACGGCCAACCGCUCUCACAGACCCACCCUCAUCUGGUCCGGAGUGAGAACCCUGGACACUUAACACGGGGUAUCACAGCGGCGGAAUAUGAACAGAGAAGGAGAAAAUUGAUGCAGGGUCUGCCGGAGGGGAGUAGGGUCGUAUGUAUGGGCGCUGGGGUUAGGCUUGUUACGCAACGUGAGUCGCUUUACAAAUUUCGGCAAUCUACCGAUUUCUUCUACUUGACGGGGUUUCAUGAACCUGAUGCGGUCCUGGUGCUCGAAUCCAAACCUUCCUCCUCCCGGGGUUAUACCUACACCCUCUACGUCCCCUCCAAGGACGCACAUGAAGAAAAAUGGGAAGGAGCCCGCACAGGCCCAGAGGGGGCGGUAAAGGUGUUUGGGGCGGACGAGGCGUUCCCGAAUACGCUGCUGCAGGAGCAUUUGGAGAGGAUCGUCGAUAUCAAGGGGGAGGGGAAGUUGUUUGUGGAGUUGCCGCCUAAGGCAUCGGAGUCGGAGUGGUCGGAGCCUUACCCGCCGGCGUCGUUAUCGUCAACGGCAUUCAAUGAGCUUGGGAUGACGAAAAGAGGCAAGGUCUCUUCUACGCUAGGGAAGUUCCUAUCGGGUUCUUCAUCAUCGACAAAUCAGAAGGUCCCGCCUCACUUGGUUCUCCACCAACUCCUCGCCUCGAAUCCGAAAUGCAAACCCCUAGCUCCCGAGGUGGAGAAACUCCGGAUGAUCAAAUCCCCAGCCGAACUCGCCUUGAUGAAAAGAGCCGGUGACAUCUCUUCAGAGGCACAUACGCGGGUCAUGCGCUCCACCGCUAGAGGGAUGACGGAGGAGAGGAAAGAAGUGACAGAGUAUAUGGUCCAGGCGGAGUUUGAGUAUCAUUGCGCGAUGAGGGGGAGCGAGAGGCCGGCUUAUGUGCCCGUGGUCGCUUCAGGCGCCAAUGCCUGUGUCAUCCACUACACCCAGAACGACCAGCUCCUCCAACCCGGCGAACUCCUCCUCCUCGACGCUGGGUGCGAAUACUCGCACUACGCAUCGGACAUCACACGGACGUUCCCCGUCUCGGGCAAAUUCAGUGAACCGCAAAAGGACCUCUAUCAGGCGGUCUUGAACGUACAGAAGAAGUGUGUGGAGAAGUGCAGGGUUGAAGAUGAGGUUGGGAUGGGGGAAAUCCACCGGUUGAGUUGCAGCCUCUUGACCGAGGAGCUCAGACAGAUUGGGUUCAAGUUGUAUACCGGGGACGUCGAGCGAAGCUUGUACCCACACUACAUCUCCCACCACCUUGGCAGCGAUCUGCACGACUGCGCGUCCAAUAACCGGAAUGGACAUCUGGUGGAAGGGAACGUGAUCACGAUCGAGCCCGGUUGUUACGUUCCUGCCAAUGACGCCUUUCCCAAAGCUUUCCACGGGAUGGGUAUCCGGAUAGAGGACGCCGUCGCUUUCACGAAAGAUGGUCCUCUGAACCUGUCCGCAAACGCUCCCAAAGAGAUCGCCGACAUUGAAGGCGUAUGUCAAGGGCUAUUGGAACGAUGA